UGUUGUUUUACAGCUCAAAUGAAAAGCAGCUCACUCUAGAACGAGUGUAACAUCGUAAUGCAAAGUCAUACAUUCUAUAAGAGCAGAUAUCACUGUAAAUAUCCCACGUGUGCUUUCUCCGUCGACGUUCAUUCAAAUCCGCUAGCCAGUUUUUGGCAAAAAUGAUAGCGUGUUUUUAUCGUGUCUUCUUUGUUUGUUCAGAUGAGUACCUGUUCGCUGGCGCAUCCCAAUGGGCAGGAGGCCGACUCUGUCCCCGCCAAGCGGCUCUGCAAGGGGGAGUGCGUUCAGGAUGGGUCGGUCGGAGGUGGAGGGGGAAGGCAAGCAGGGCAGUGGAGGUGUCUAUAGUCAUGCCAGUGCAUAACGCCUCCUGCUGGCUGGAUGAGUGUCUGCAGGGGAUUUUGGCUCUAUGGAACUGUCUGUCUACGAUGACGCCAGCACUGAUGGUUCCAGAACGAUAGUGGAGGCAUGGAGGGAGAGGCUGGAAAGGAGAGGUGUUUCCAUGGUGAUCUCUGGCCAUGACUCCGCCCAACCCAGAGGAGUGGGUCAUGCCAAGAACCAGGCUGUGUCUCAGAGCUCUGGAACGUUCCUCUGCUUUCAGGACGCUGAUGAUGUGAUGAUGCCUCAGCGAAUACAUCUCCAAUACGAGGCCUGCCUCUUCAACUCUACCUCUUUGAUUGGCUGUCAGGUCCGCAGGGAUCCAGAGGGAUCUACUGAGCGCUACACACGCUGGAUCAACAACAUCAGCCAGGAUCAACUCAGCACCCAGGCCAAUAUUCUACAUAGUUUAGCGCAGAAAACCUGGUCUAAUUAA